UACCUACGUAUUUGCUACUAACUACAAACACAUAACCUCUCUUUCUCUAUAUAAAAUAACCUCUUAACUGCGUUAUACAAAAUUUGUAUAUAAUAUCUAUAAAUAUGGGUGGCAUAAAGAAGAAACGAAAUAAUCGUAAUAAUAAAAAAAAUAAGAUGAAAAAGGCAAACAAAUUGAAAGCAGCGUACCUUGCUUCGAAAGGUGACAACAAAAAUGAAGACUUAAAUGUUGAACAUCAAAACGAAGUAGAACUCAAUCCAAAUAAAAGAUAUCACGAAGAUAAUGAUAGUGAUAAUAACGAAGAACGUCCAAAAAAGAAAAAAAAGAAGAAUUCACAAGCUAUUAAUCAAGACUCCACCGACAAAAAAGGCAAAAAAUCUAUUCGGCAAAUAAAACGGGAAAAAUAUCUGCAACGCCAGGCCGAAGCAGAGUUAGAAGCAAAAGAUCAACUUAAAUUACAAUGUCUUACUUAUUUGUCACAAUGGAAACAUGACAAAGCAAAUUGGAAAUUCAUGAAAGCAAAGCAAGUAUGGCUGUAUAAAAACAAAUUCUCAUCUAAACUUUUACCAGAUGAGUCUUGGCCACUAUUGUUAGAAUACUUUGAGUCCUCACAGGGAAACAUUAGAAAUAUGCUUCUUGAAGAUGCUAAUAAAAUUAUCAAACAAAUGGAUGAUUGGACAGAAUCCCAACAAAAUACCAGAGAAAAUGAUAACACAGAAGAGAAAGCUGAUGAUGACAAUGUACCUGAAUUGAAAAAGCCUGAUGAAACCUCAUACAAAAGGGCUAGGGAUUUAAUACAAUGUCUGCAAUAAUACAA